ACUUCUUUUUGCUGAGGGACCUUCAUAAUAUGUCGUUAUAUGCCCAUUAUUGUUGAAUAGUAAUAAUACCUUGCAAGUUGCAUGCAUUAUUGCAGUAACAUUGCUCUCCUCUGGUUACAUUCUGGAAAUCCAUUCACUCACGGAUUCAUUUGCUGUUGUUGUGAUCUGUAUCAUAUCAUGGCCGAAGCACUUGUUGUUGGAGCUUUACUCUCUGGCUUCGCCAACGUUGUUCUUGACCGGCUCAUUUCAUCUGAGUUUGUCAACUUGGUGGUGAGCAAGAAGCUGGAUCGGAAGCUGGUUGAGAGGCUUAAGACUGCUCUCUUGGCUGCCAAAGCUCUGGCUGGUGACGCUGAGCAGAAGCAGUUUGGAAACGAACUCGUCAGGGAGUGGCUUCAUAGUCUCAGGGAUGCUCUCUACACUGCUGAUGACUUGCUGGACCGUGUCCUCAUCAAAGCUGAAAUUCGCAGCAAGGUACGCACCCGGCUUCCUAGCUUAAUUAAUUUGUCUGAUAGGAAGAUGGCGACCAAGAUAGAAGAGGUGGUUAAAAGAAUAGAAGAUCUUCAGAAACUCAAAGAUACUCUUGGUCUUAAAGAGAUUCCAACGGGUAGCUCCUCAUGGAGACCUCCAUCCACUUCUCUUGAAAGGGGGAUUGUGUACGGCAGGGAUGAUGACAAACAGGCAUUAAUCAAGAUGCUAAAUGACAACAAUCAUCAUAACUUGUCCGUCAUCUAUAUUGUUGGUAUGGGCGGGGUUGGUAAAACUACUUUAGCACAAUGCCUCUACAACAAUACAGAUUUGAUGAAGGGGUUUGAUCUGAAAGCAUGGAUUUGUGUUUCUGAAAAUUUUGAUAUCGUUGAGACUACAAAGAAUCUUAUAAAGGAGAUCACUUCCGGUGUUUGUUGUCUUGACGGCUUUAAUUUACUUCAACAAGAUUUGAAGGAAAAAUUGUCGGAAAAGAAGUUCUUCGUUGUUUUGGACGAUAUUUGGAGUAACGAUGGUGACAAGUGGAAAAGUUUUAUUACUCCUUUUCAGCAUGGGAGGAAGGGAAGUACUGUUCUUCUAACUACUCGCAAGGAAAAUGUUGCUCCAAUAGUCCAAAAUUAUAACUCUUACUUUCUCAAUGGUCUGUCAGAUGAUUAUUGCUGGUCUAUUUUUGCGGACAAUUCAUCCUUUCCUGAAUCAAAUGGGAGCUCAGAACUUGAAGAAAUAGGUAAAAUGAUUGUGAAGAAGUGUGAUGGCUUGCCCUUAGCUGCAGAAACACUUGGACGCUUGUUGCGCUCAAAGCAUGAUGUAGAAGAAUGGAAUAAAAUACUAUCUAGUGACAUUUGGGAAUUUCCUGUUACAGAUAGUAAGAUUCUUCCAGCAUUGUUAAUAAGUUACUAUCAUCUGCCUGCCUAUUUAAAACGAUGCUUUGUUUAUUGUUCAUUGUAUCCCAAAGACCAUAAAUUUGAUAAAGAUGAAUUAAUCUUGCUAUGGAUGGCUGAAGAUCUUUUGCGAGCACCAAAGAGGAGAGAAACUUUGGAAGAAGUUGGUCAUGAAUGUUUUGAUGACUUGGCUUCAAGACUAUUUUUCAAGCAGCUCGAAUAUAGUGAGAAGUAUUUUGUGAUGCAUGAUCUCAUGCAUGACCUGGCAACUUUUCUUGCUGGAGAAUUUUAUUGUAGAUUAUCAGAAGAACUUGGUGAAAAGGAAGAGAUGAGGAUUCUGACUCGUCAUUUGUCAUGCGAUUAUCCAAUCUUUGAAAAACUCUGUUCCUCUAAAAGUAUAGAAUCUUUGAGGACAUUCUUGUUUAUCAAUAAUGCUCAAUUUCAUGUUAGGAUGCUAAGAUAUUGUUCAAGGUUGAGGAUGCUACCCAAUGGCAUGUACAAUCUUGUGAAUUUGCGGCAUCUUGAUAUAUGGGGUACUCAUCUAAAAGAAAUGCCAAAGGGAAUGAGCAAAUUGAACCAGUUGCACAUUUUAAGCAACUAUAUCGUAGGCAAGAAUGAAGAUAGUGGAAUCCAAGAGUUAGGAGGGCUUCCAAAUCUUCAUGGAUCAUUUGGGAUUCAGAAACUGGAGAAUGUUAUUUAUGUCAAUCAGGCAAGGAGUGCAAAGAUAAGAGAUAAGAAGCACAUUGACGAAUUAUGGUUGGAAUGGUCUUCAGGUGAUGAUAUGGUUUCUGACACACAAACUGAAAGAGAUAUACUGGAUAACUUGCAACCGCACAAUGGCUUGAAAGAGUUGACAAUAUGGGGAUACAGGGGUAAAACAUUUCCAAAUUGGGCGGGGCAUUGUUCAUACCAAAAUAUGACUAGUGUAUCUCUAGAGUCUUGCAACAAUUGCUACUUGCUGCCUUCACUUGGACAGCUGUCAUCUCUUCAGUCCCUUCGCAUUGAUGAUUUCGGAAAGCUCAAGAGUGUUGGCAUGGAGUUUUACAAGAAUGAAGGCUAUCAACAUUCUUCGCCUAUUGCACUAUUUCCCUCAUUGCAGCUUUUGGAGUUUGAUAACAUGCCAUGCUGGGAGGAGUGGUGCUUACCUGACUCAGAAGCUUUUCCUCAGCUUAAGAGACUUCAAAUAAACGAUUGUCCAAUGUUAAAGGGAGGUAUGCUUAAUAGUGUGCUAAUGCGAAUCGUUUCUUCCUCGUUGGAUGUUUUGAAAGUGAGCAAACUGGAAAUACAAGAAGGUCAUCAAGGAUGGGGUAAAGAGAUGACACUUGAUGGAGACAGUUUAUCAUUUAGUGAAUGUGAAUCUGUGUUGGAGUAUGCAAUGGUCAUCAACCAUCUAACUUCCCUCCAAGAAAUACACAUCUCAGGGUGUUUGUCUGCUAUAUCCUUUCCAGGAAAUUGUUUACCCAAGUCAUUGCAAAAGCUCACAAUCUUGAAUUGCAGCAACCUGGAAUUCCCCCAGCAACAGCAGCAGAAGUAUGAUUUGGUAGAGCUACGAAUAGAACACAGCUGUGAUUCACUGACCUCAUUGUUGUUGGAUGCCUUUCCCAAUCUCAAGAAUCUGGAGAUAAGAGGGUGUUCAAAUCUGGAAUCAGUUUCAAUGUCAGGGCCACCACACGCUGCUCUUCAACAUCUCACCAUCUCUAAAUGCCUGAAAUUAGUGGCAUCUCCAGGAGAAGGACUGGCUGCACCCAACUUGACUCAUCUCGAUGUUAGCUGGUGCUCAAAGUUAGAGGCAUUGCCACUUGACAUGAAUAGUCUUCUUUCAAGUUUACAGUCUCUUGACAUUCGAGCUUGCCCGAACAUUUGUAGGUUGCCAGAGGGUGGCUUGCUGCCUAAGUUAAGGUCACUUACUGUGGGAGGUUGCGAGCAACAGUUGAGGAGUCUAUCAUGGAUGAGCAACUUGGACACCCUCACUCAUCUUACCAUUGAUGGUUCUAACUGUGAAAGCAUCAAGUCAUUCCAAGAGGUGGGUUCGCUGCCUCAACUUAACACAGUGUCUCUUUCACUUUCCAAAUCUGGAAACAUUGGAGUGCAACGAGCUUCUCUGCCUCACUUCCCUCCAACAAUUACAUAUUUCAUUCUGUGACAAGUUGGAGAAUAUGGCAGGAGAAAAGCUGCCAUGUUCUCUGUUACUACUUCAAAUUAAAGAGUGUCGUUUGCUAGGAGAACACUGUAAGAAGAAGCAUCAACAAAUUUGGCCAAAAAUUUCCCACAUCCCCACCAUUCAAGUCAAUGGCAACCAAAUUUUCUGAAUAGAGAUUUCUGAGCAGGUAGCUUGUGUACAUAGCGAGAUGUAAUCCUAUACCUUUGGCUAUAUAUCUUCAUUUUAAUUCUAAGUUCAUUUGAGGUGGUAAUUAAGCUGGAUUGAUGUGCUGGGAACCAGAAACUGUUUUCUCUGAUCUUGGCUUCAUGUUAUUGAAAAGCAAAGACAUGAUGGAGAAAUUUGGAGUGACACUUAUUAUUGAAAAGCUUUUCUUGUUGUCGAUUUGGAGACUUUGUCAAACAGAUUUCACAAGGUGACAACUAAUGCCAUCAAAGAAUAUGAUUUCCACAUUUAAAGAUGACAAUUCUGUACCUGAAAUAGUCGUUAGAAGGUGAAGUUGUAGAGAUGCCAUCAGACAACAAUUUCAUUCCUAUCAACUUCACUCAUUGAUCUUUGUCUGGAGAUACAUUGAGGAUCAAGUGGCAAUUGCCAUGAGAGAAUUGCAGUUCUGGAUUGGAUCUUGAAUGGCAGUUUCAGUCAAAACAAGCAACAGAAAUGCAGUCAUUUUCCACAUUUACUUUUGUUUUUUCAAAGAAAAAAUAAGAUAGAAGAUUACUGAUGUUAUUAUGAAUAUUACAUAUCCUUUUAUCUCAUCAUCCAGAAAGAGAACUACAUGAACUCAAUACUAUACUUUUGCAAUGUUUUAAAGAGAUGCCUUUGAUUUGAUAUAUCUUUCAAUGACAAGCAAUGACUGUGAGCUAAAUAGAAGCUAAGUAACUCAAAUAAAUACACAUAGAGUAAUGCUGAAUGAUUGGAAGGAGCAAAUCUUUCAUCGCAAAUUAAAGAACUGCUGUGUGAUGCAAUGUAGAUUUGAGCAAAUCUUUAGACUGCCUUUGCCAUGCGUGUUGUUCAACUGGCAAAUCUGUGGUGAGAAUAUUGAUAUGAAUUUUUUUUUUCCCCUGAAAUGAUCUGUACCAGGGAUGUAUUAUUGAAAAGUAAGCAUAAUGGAUUAUGUUAACCUUAUUCAUGUAUUAGAGCAUCAAUUAAACACUGAAUUUCUCAAUGAUUGAA